AUGUUUCUUCCGGAGCCGAAGGCCCGAUUGGUGCAGAUGUCCGCCCACGAGUUCUUGCCCGCCCCGCCCGCUGCCACCAAUGAAGAAGCCCUCUCGGUUAAGCCGGCUACCGUGAAAAGUGGUCUCAACGUCGGCCCUAUCCCCACCAUCAUCAACGCCAACAAGUCUAACAAUUCGACCUCCCCGAAGAGGAAGGAUCGCAAAUCACCCAACAAGUCGAACAAGGCGGACGAGUCGAAGAAGACGGACAAGGAGUCGGCGGAGCAACAGGCAUGGGAGCAAGAGGGGAAAAAGAAGAAUGGAGCCACGGAAAAAGCUCUCCCGACCGAAGACAAAGGCCACGUCCUCCUCAUCAUCAUCAUCGUCGUGUGCGGCUUGGUCGGCUGUCUGGUGCUGAUCAUCGUUGUCACACUCAUCUACUGCAUGACGCACGGAAGCAAGAAGAAGAAGAAGAAGAACAAGUCGACCUCGUCGAAGAAGGCAGACAAGAAGGCAGCCAAAAAGUCUACGAAGUCGUCAAAGUCUUCCAAGUCAAGUCACACCGGAAGUGAGAAUCCGAAGGUGUCGAAGAAGCCGAGGCCCCCACCCGUCAACCCGAACGAGGCGCACGACAACAUGUUCCAACAGACAAAGCAAUUCCCCGAGGAAGACGACAAUGGCGGCGGCGAUCCGAUGAUGCGCGUC